GGUGUCGAGUGAGGGAGUGAGGGAAGCUUCGUCUGUAUUUACAGCCACUCCCCUUUGCUCACAUUCCCGCCUGAGCUCCGCCUUCUCAGAUGAGCAGCAGCAUUAGAUUCUCAUAGGAGAACGCACCCUGUUGUGAACCGUGCAUGUGAGGGAUCUAGGUUGCGCUGUCCUUAUGAGAAUCUAAUACCUAUUGAUCUGUCACUUUCUCCCAUCACGCUCAGGUGGGACCAUCCAGUUUCAGGAAAACAAGCUUAACACGCCCACUGAUUCGACAUUAUGCUCCUACCUCCCGGCAGCCUCUCCAGGCCCAGAACUUUCUCCAGUCAGCCUCUACAGACCAAGCUCAUGACUCACAAUGGCCUAUUUAGGCCCAUACCCUACGUCACGGCAGUCUCCGCAGAUGAGGCUACUGCCUCACAACAGCCUCCACAGGCACAGCUCCAUCGGAUAUUGGAUAUAUCCAAUAUCCACAGCCCACAGCUUCCUCAAGCCAAGCUCCCCAGGCCCAGGUCAGGCCUCACGGUGGCCUCUCCAGGAUGAGCUCCUGCCCUCCGAUGGCACCUGCAGGCCCCAAAUGGUCUCCGGUCGGUGGGCUCCUCCACGCCAAGCUUGGGCCUCCCGGCGACCUCUGCAGGCCCAAGUUGUCCUGAAGUUGGCAUCUCCCGGCGUGCCUCCCAGCAAGUAAGCAAGCUCUUUUGGCUCAACUCCUGCCCAGCUCCCAACCGCCUUUGUGGGCCCCGAACUUUCUCCAGCCAAGUUCUUCGGGCCUAAUUCCUGCCGCCCGGUGGCCUGUACGGGCCCAGCAAUGGUUGGAGAACAGCCUAUGCAGUCCCCGCUCUUGCCUCCCAGGGGCCUCUCCAGGCCCAGCUCUGACCCCACGGCGGCCUCUCAGGGCCAAGUCCCUGCCUGCCUCCCAGCAGCCCGCGUGCGGCCCAGCUCCUCCCUCACGGUGGCCUGUGAUGCCCAUGCCUCUGGCACCCUGCCCAGAGGCAUGAGCCCCUGCCUCACACCGGCCCCUCCCACGCUGAGAGAGGUCAGCGUGAGCCCUUGCCUCACACCGGCCCCUCCCACGCUGAGAGAGGUCAGCGUGAGCCCCUUGCCUCGCACCGUCCCCUCCCUCGCUGACAGAGGUCAGCCUGAGCCCCUUGCCUCACACCGGCCCCUCCCUCGCUGACAGAGGUCGGCCUGAGCCCCUUGCGUCACACCGGCCCCUCCCACGCUGAGAGAGGUCAGCGUGAGCCCUUGCCUCACACCGGCCCCUCCCACGCUGAGAGAGGUCAGCGUGAGCCCUUGCCUGACACCGGCCCCUCCCACGCUGAGAGAGGUCAGCGUGAGCCCCUUGCCUCACACCGGCCCCUCCCACGCUGAGAGAGGUCAGCGUGAGCCCUUGCCUCACACCGGCCCCUCCCACGCUGAGAGAGGUCAGCGUGAGCCCCUUGCCUCACACCGGCCCCUCCCACGCUGAGAGAGGUCAGCGUGAGCCCUUGCCUCACACCGGCCCCUCCCACGCUGAGAGAGGUCAGCGUGAGCCCCUUGCCUCACACCGGCCCCUCCCACGCUGAGAGAGGUCAGCGUGAGCCCUUGCCUCACACCGGCCCCUCCCACGCUGAGAGACGUCAGCGUGAGCCCCUUGCCUCACACCGGCCCCUCCCUCGCUGACAGAGGUCAGCCUGAGCCCCUUGCGUCACACCGGCCCCUCCCACGCUGAGAGAGGUCAGCGUGAGCCCUUGCCUCACACCGGCCCCUCCCACGCUGAGAGAGGUCAGCGUGAGCCCUUGCCUGACACCGGCCCCUCCCAUGCUGAGAGAGGUCAGCGUGAGCCCCUUGCCUCACACCGGCCCCUCCCACGCUGAGAGAGGUCAGCGUGAGCCCUUGCCUCACACCGGCCCCUCCCACGCUGAGAGAGGUCAGCGUGAGCCCCUUGCCUCAGACCGGCCCCUCCCACGCUGAGAGAGGUCAGCGUGAGCCCUUGCCUCACACAGGCCCCUCCCACGCUGAGAGAGGUCAGCGUGAGCCCCUUGCCUCACACCGGCCCCUCCCACGCUGAGAGAGGUCAGCGUGAGCCCUUGCCUCACACCGGCCCCUCCCACGCUGAGAGAGGUCAGCGUGAGCCCCUUGCCUCACACCGGCCCCUCCCACG